UCGAAUUGGGGUGGCAGCACCGUAAGGUUGCACUUUAUCAUCUAUAAAAUGAUUUAUUGCAACAUUUAACCGGAUCUCGACAAAUAUUUUCGUGGUAUUUAUUGUAUAAGUCUGGUUUGGUGUCAAAUGAAAUGAAUGGGCGUGGUUGGCGGCCAAGGUUGAGGUUUUAAGUUGGGGAUGAGCUCUCAUAUCUGUAGAGACUGCAUGUCGUGAUGUUAUCUGUAUGCAUUGUUUCAAUGCAUUAAUGGAACCUUGGUGAGUGUAGGUCGUCAUGGCUAUCAAUGACCCGGGAUCAUCUUUGGUUUUUUUAGGUAGGCCGAAUUACAUGUCCUGAUGCACAUGGGCAGCUCAAAAAUCUCCAGGUUUGGGGGUCAGUGUCCUCGACAAUCCUGAUGCAGUGCAACAUCCCCCAAACCCGGCCUCGAUCAUAUGAAGGAAUUCGGCACUGUCGUAUUCUAUUUCAGAACUUGAAAAGAGAUUGAACUACUGAUUAGAAGUGAGGGAGGGCGUGGAUCUUACCUACAGAAGAAGAAUGUGAUCUUCUAUAUUCUGGUUCUAAUGCUGCUGCCAUGGGAAUGGUCCCUUGGCUAUGCCUGGAUCAGCAAACCAUUACUAAGACCUGUGUAGGACCUACACAUUCAAUAAUGCUGUGUUCAAACUAAGGAAGACAAAUGCGAUGCAAUUGCUAAGUUGCUAUAACCGGUACUGGCAACUGUGGGUGGACAAGUGAUUAUAUGGCUAGAAAAAGAUGAGUCUUCGAGGUGAUGUGCCAUCUCCAGAACGGACCAAUCAGUUUGAGUCUUCAAACAAUGAUAAUAAGGUCUGUGGACCUGGUACUAGAUGCUGCGUUGUGACACUUUUAUUGUUCUUUGGAUUCAUCAUUGCGGUGGCAGGAAUGGGGGUCACUGUUGUUGCCUAUUUGGUUGCAAGUCGUCCAGAAGAUAUGUUUUAUGAUGCUUAUACAAUGCACCGGUGGCUUGGGCCAAGUUUACUUGCAUUAGGAGGUAGCAUGACUACAGGAGCUACUGUCUGCUGCUUCAGACAAUGUGCAAAGGAGAAGACAUCUGGGCCCAGUUUUCAGAGUGGAUCAACCCGCAGUACCCAUGCUGUGUUGCCUUACGAAGAACGGCCCUCCUGUCAUGUUGAAGCUGUAGAUGAGCCAAUAGGCCUGACUACGUUCUCUCCAGCAUCUGUGUCGGAGGCUGAACAACCCAUGCUGGGAGCACAACCUGCGGACCUGUCUGCCCCUCCACCAUCAUAUGAUGAGGCUAUGGCAAUAAUGCCAUAGAUCAAGGAAGCAUACAUCUCUUUAACACUCAGGAACAACACACUCUUGGAGUGUGCAGAAUGACUUCUCUUUGGACUAUUUUAAUUUGAGUAUUGUGGGAGUGAAACUUUUAAAUGUUGACUGCUAUAAAAAAGAGGAUUGUUCAUUCGAAAUUGGCUGUUAAAUACUUCUAUGGGACACUUGUCUCUGCAUGUUGUGAGCUUGACAUGACUAAUACGAAAUGUCUAUGCUUUUAUACCACUGUUACUUUUAUCAUUAGUCUGGUUUUUUGUAUUAAAUAUGUAGAUUGA